GUUCGAAGCUACAUAGUUGCCUUUCUACCAAAGAGCUUCAAUUCAUUAUCUUAGUUUUUAACUUCGCCUGGGCCUAUUUCGCCUUACCUAACCUUAUUUUUUUUCUCUUUUUUUUUUUUUUUUACCAUACCAUGCGCAUUGAUCUCUAGACCCUUUGUCUUUUAAAGUUGUUACCUGCUAGGCAAUACAAGUUCUUAUACGCCUUCUCAUCUCCCUAGACGCACGAAUUCCCUUUCUUUGUUCUUCCAUACCGGCAUCGAUCAACGCUUUCACGUGGCCCAUUUCCUCAAAAUUACAUCUAGUUUCAUGGAUAUCCCGUUUUGCCAUACUGCACCAUGAUGUCAAAUUCCAGUAAUGAGGAUAGCUCGAAGGUAGAGCCGGAUAACGCUCGGCAGUCCGAGGGGUCAGUUAACGAGCAGAUAACUACGAUAGCACAGGAUGCUUCCACCAUCGAUCCUAGCCAAGAUAAUGAUAGUAUCGACAUCACAGACGAGGAUUCCGCUCUGAAGAACCUCACGGCGGGCGUGCGCGAUCAAGACGACCUUGAGAGAGACAUUACCUACAAGGCGAAUCUUGCCCUGAUCGAUGCCGAAGAUAAGCGAGACGAAAAACGUAUAGAGAAAGUACAAGCGAGUAUCCAGAAGCUCAAUGCUCAGAAGAAGACGCAAGAGGAACAGUUUCGCAAAGCAAUCGGUAGACCUCAACUAAAGCAGACCAUACGAGAGAAAGUUGCCCAGAUAGACGCAGACAUUGAAAUAGCAAAUAAAGAUAUAGCAGAUCUCCGUGCUCGCAUUGAAGGACGACAUCAGGAUAGUGAACAUGCCGAACAUGUCCAAGGCGGGAACAAGAAGUUACCCAACGAGACCCAUCGUGAAUUCUUGAUUCGUACUGGAAAGAUCACGCCAUUUGCGAAUUUUGGAGGACCGCGACCUCAAGGAGUCGAGGGAGAGUUGGCGGACGCUUUGAUUGAUGCAGAGGAUGAGGCGGCAGCAGAACAGUUGGCGGAGCAAGAUAGCUAUGAGCCACAAUCUCACCAAAAUCUACGCGCGCCUGGAUUUGAGGAAGCGCCUAAUCUAACUACAACAGCGGCGGAAAGCGAGUUCUCGCUCCGCCCACGAAAGAAGCGAAGAGUGAAGAGUGAUGCGUCAUCAGAUGAAUUUGCACCGCACGCUUCUUCCGAUGCGCUCGAUCCCGAUUCUAUUAUUGACAAAGAGUCGGAAGACUCUGAGCUUGAACGACCCCGUAAAAAAUCUAAGAAGAUAGUAAAGGACGAUACUAAGGUAGACCUCAGCAAGAUCGAUGAUGGGAAUGAAGCUAGUUACCAGGCUCGGCUUGCAGAUUGGGUGGAUAGGCGUAGCAGAGCCCGACGCAGGAGACGACAAGAACGAAGAAACGAAGGCCAUGAUGAACCGGACAGCGGAGAUGAGGAGGAGUGGUUCAAACCUUCCCCAGACCAUAACGACCAUCCCUUCGAAAAUGACUUAACGUUGCCAGGUGACAUCUACCCGGCCCUAUUUGACUAUCAGAAGACCGGAGUAAAAUGGCUAGCUGAGCUUUAUCAUCAAAAAGUAGGAGGUAUUGUUGGUGAUGAGAUGGGUCUUGGGAAGACUAUCCAACUCAUCUCGUUUGUCGCCACUCUACAUCAUAGUAAGCGGCUUGAUAAACCGGUCAUCGUUGUGGCGCCUGCAACUGUCUUGAGACAAUGGGUAAACGAAUUUCAUCGCUGGUGGCCUCCUCUCCGCGUGUCAAUCCUCCAUUCCUCUGGUAGUGGCAUGCUCAAUAUGAGAGCCGAGGGUAGAAUAGAGGACGAAGAAGAAAUGUGGGAUGAAAGAGAAAAUAAGAGAGUUAACCAAGCAGCCAAGAAGAUCGUUAAUCGGGUGGUUAAACACGGCCACGUCCUAGUCACUACCUAUGCUGGCCUGCAAACAUACGGACAAAUCCUAACCCCUAUCGAAUGGAGCUACGCAGUGUUAGAUGAAGGUCAUAAGAUCAGGAAUCCGAACAGCGCGGUCACAGUAUAUUGCAAAGAGUUGCGAACGCCGAAUAGAGUCAUCCUUUCUGGUACACCGAUGCAAAAUAAUCUUAUGGAAUUGUGGUCAUUGUUUGAUUUCAUAUUCCCAAUGCGAUUAGGAACCCUUGUUGACUUCCGCAACCAAUUCGAAAUCCCUAUACGAUUAGGAGGUUAUGCCAAUGCAACAAACCUCCAGAUCAUGACAGCUCAGAAGUGCGCCGAAAUCCUGAAGGACACCAUAAGCCCGUUUCUGCUUCAACGAUUGAAGGUCGAUGUUGCAGCAGAUCUCCCGAAGAAGAAGGAACAGGUCCUUUUUUGUAACCUCACAAGGCCGCAGCGCGACGCCUACGAGUUCUUCCUCCAGUCUAAGGAGAUGGGUGCUAUUCUUGUCGGAUCAAGGAACUCACUCUAUGGGAUUGAUGUUCUCCGAAAGAUUUGCAACCACCCUGACCUCGUCGACCCUAGAUUGAAGACGAAAGAGGGAUAUGAAUGGGGAGCCGCUAAAAAGUCAGGCAAGAUGCAAAUUGUGGAAGCCCUUCUCCAGAUGUGGAAGCGGUUUGGACAUAAGACUCUUCUGUUUAGUCAAGGCAUUCAAAUGCUCGAUAUCCUUGAGGCUUUCGUUAAGCGUCUUGGCUACAUAAAGUACCUGCGGAUGGACGGUGGCACGGCCAUUAAAGAUAGACAGAGCCUCGUUGACCAAUUCAACAAUAACCCGGAAAUAGACCUGUUUCUACUAACGACAAAGGUCGGUGGUUUAGGAGUGAAUUUGACUGGUGCAAAUCGAGUUAUCAUCUUUGAUCCUGAUUGGAAUCCUUCCACCGACGUUCAGGCUCGGGAACGAGCAUGGCGUCUCGGUCAGAAGAAAGAAGUUACCAUCUAUCGACUCAUGACCGCGGGUACGAUCGAGGAGAAGAUGUACCAUCGUCAGAUUUUUAAGCAGUUCUUAAGCAACAAGGUAUUAAAGGACCCAAAGCAACGUACUACUUUCCAGCUUCAAGACCUGCAUGACCUUUUCACGCUAGGUUCAUCUGGAGAUAAGGUGACAGAAACAGGAAAACUAUUUCAAGGCUCAGAGGUCAAAUUCAGUAAUACUUCAACCAAAGAUGGCCCGAGUCAGAAAUCGGUUGAGACAGUCGAGUCGACCCAGAUACCAGGCAAACCAGCCAGUGAGGAAGAAGAUGACCGCGAUCUUCAUACUAUAGAAGGUGUAGCCGGCCUCGAGGACUACGAGCCCGACCCUGAUACAAAGCGGCCCCCGACGGAGGAAGACCGGAUUAUGGAAGGUCUUUUCGCCCGAUCCGGCGUACAUUCGGCGCUUGAACAUGAUAAAAUCGUCAAUGGUAAGAAACAACUGAGAGCAGAUCCAAGACUACUUCAACAAGAGGCAGAUCGUGUGGCAGCUCAAGCGGCUGCGUCCCUUCGACGGGCAGGUGAGCAAACGCAGUCAGUGCCGAUCGGCACCGUUACUUGGACCGGCGAAGUUGGCGAGGCCGGUAGACCAUCUAAUAUCCGCAGGGGUCGUGGCGGCCCCGGUUCGGCUAGCAUCUUAGCUGGGUUGGCCGAUAGGCAAGGCCUGAGCUCACCCGCAGGCAGUUCUUCUCGCUCAGGAUCAGCGACUCCCACACCAGCCAGAGGUACAAACUUGGGGACUAGAGAUUUCGCGAAGAUGAUACCGGAAUUCAUCAAGGCCCACGGAGGCAAGGUUCCUACGAAGUUACUAGUCGAUCAUUUCAAUCAGUUCUGCAUUACCAAGAAGCAGUCGGGCGACUUCAAGACCGCCCUGGACAGGGUCGCUCAUAUGGAAAAAAGGGGGUCGACUAUGAGGGGCAUCUGGGGCCUCAAACCGGGAUACUGAUUGAUCGACGUUGACGUAAUUGCCGAUAAUAAGGAUGGGUUUGUUUUACAUGAAGGGUUUAAAGGGCAGGUCCUCAUGAGUUUGGUUUAGCAAGGCGCUGCGGCACGGUCUAUAUUCUCUAGCAUAGUACGUACGGGUGUUUUCGAUGGCCAUCUGUAUUGCACGCAUAUACUUUUACAGCUCACCAAUAACUGCUUUGAAUAAGCGUGAAAAAUUUAGUUUAAUCGAAAUCCUCAAGUCA